UGUCGGAAAACGUUCCAAACGUCGUAAACCUUUGUGUUCAGCUGAUUUUGGAUGGGGGAGGGGAGAGCCUAAAAAUCCAGUCGUCUUUCUACAACUUUCAGCUAUCUGCUGCGGUCUAUGUGCGGCUACUAUGACGUCUGGUCCUCUCGAAAGGAUACAGAGUGUUCAGAAGACACAAGAACAGCAGCCAACCGUCACCAACAACUGAACCCCUAAUGCAAUAAUGGCACCAUCCAGGAAAAAGAGAAAACUCAGGAGAAACACUCACCACCAUGUCAAAUACAAAAAACACAACACUUCACUGCUAAUGGCGGCAAGCACCUCCUCUAGAUCCAACCAACCACAUGUUGCAAGUUUUGACACGCUUCCAUUGGAAUGUAGAAUCCUGAUCUUCUCUUUCCUAUCCGACUGGGACAAAUGUACGGCCUCCACUGUGUCAAAGUCAUGGUUCUUCACAAUCCGCAGCCCUAUACUGUGGCAGACGGUCGACUUCACAACUUUCUCUGUGGACACGAGAGACGAGUUUUACAAAGACUACGUUCAGACGGCACUGGCACCCUUGGACUGGAAGGGCCAUGUCUUGUACUGUUUCAACUGUUACAAGAAGAGACUGGAGCACUACGCUCGUUACCUAAGAUCUGUCAAGGCAUCGGUGAAGCAUCUUCGCUUCCAGUUCGACCUGGGACAUCCUGAGGACCAGUUUGGAAAAAUGCUCAUUAAUGUACUACGAGGGGUGAACUGUCGGAACCUCGUUGCACUGGACGCAAUGUGGUCACAGACCCUGUGCAGACCGUUAAUGCCCCACCCCUCGGAUUAUUUUCCUCCCUACGAAUCCCCUCCCCUGGGGAAGGUCAAGGCCUUUCAGGAAUUUCUCAAAGUUUUGGUGGCGGCCGCACCCAACCUGAGGCAAGCGAUGCUGCCGUUUGAUUGGUCGUUUGAGUCGACGAGUCUGCUGACACAGUUCAGGUACCUGACAGAGCUACACCUGAAGUACUACUGGAUAUUCAGUGUCUUGUCUCAGGAGCAGCUGACGGCACUACUGAAGGGUCUCACACACCUGAAGAAGUUCACACUACAGCUGAGGAAUCGCAUCACACCAGGUUCUCUCCAUGAGUUACAGUACACCAUGGAGUCCAAGUCUAUCCAACUCCUGGACAUCUCUGGCUGCCAGGGCUUCUUCCUGCGUGGCAUGAACAUGCCACAGCUGCAGAGGAUAUGGGUCUCGCGGCCGCGCUGGUCAGGACCGCUCAUCAUCCUCAACGAGCACUCCUUCAUCCCACGCUGUGUGUACUACGUGUUGGUGGAGGGCGCGCCGGCGCUCAAGGUCAUCAACUCGUACAGACUGGAGGAGAAUUGGACUCGGGGCUUGAGUGGUGAACUACACCGUACACUGCGCCAUGCCUGCUCCUGUCAGAAACACCUCAACUCCUGGGCUCUCAUGUAGCAACACUGGACAGUAACUACAACUCCUGGGCUCUCAUGUAGCAACACUGGACAGUAACUACAACUCCUGGGCUCUCAUGUAGCAACACUGGACAGUAACUACAACUCCUGGGCUCUCAUGUAGCAACACUGGACAGUAACUACAACUCCUGGGCUCUCAUGUAGCAACACUGGACAGUAACUACAACUCCUGGGCUCUCAUGUAGCAACACUGGACAGUAACUACAACUCCUGGGCUCUCAUGUAGCAACACUGGACAGUAACUACAACUCCUGGGCUCUCAUGUAGCAACACUGGACAGUAACUACAACUCCUGGGCUCUCAUGUAGCAACACUGGACAGUAACUACAACUCCUGGGCUCUCAUGUAGCAACACUGGACAGUAACUACAACUCCUGGGCUCUCAUGUAGCAACACUGGACAGUAACUACAACUCCUGGGCUCUCAUGUAGCAACACUGGACAGUAACUACAACUCCUGGGCUCUCAUGUAGCAACACUGGACAGUAACUACAACUCCUGGGCUCUCAUGUAGCAACACUGGACAGUAACUACAACUCCUGGGCUCUCAUGUAGUAGGAUAGGAGCUCCUCUCUACAUUACUCUACAAGAUAACAUGUACCUUCCUUCCUUUAGCUUUUUGUAUGCAAGAUGCCAGGUCAUGGGAUGCUGUAUGUUGUUGUAACUUGUGAUCAACAGCUCCUUACUGAAAGGACCUGGGAAUUUCCCAGCUAAUACAGAAGUGCUGAGUGUUCAUAUGGUAGGUCAUGGAAAAUCAUGCUUGUUCAACCAGAGGUUGGGCUCUGACUGUUUUUGCUGUUUUAUAGACAUUUUUAUCAGGCUAUCUAUUUCGUACUGUUUUCUUUAUGUCGCAGCAGCAAGACACAAAGAGAACAGCGCUAGCGCAUAGAAAUGUAAAAAAAAAACAGCCUGAGCCUAACAUCUGCUUGGAGAAUAUAAUAUGUAACAUUUUCAGAACUGUUCAGUAGUUUUAUCAGGAGUUCAUGGACACUGGUACUGUUAUGUAGGUUGUGGGGUGCAAGUAUAGAUAUGGACUGUGAUGUGUUUGUCUAUCAAGAUUACCUCAGUUCUCAGGUACAUAUAGGCUGGGAUAGCAAAAAAAUAUGGCAAAUAAUGACUAAAAUUAGCCAGGAAGCCAGACAUGUUAGCUUUAGUCUGCUUCUGAUGGUCAAUAUCUGGUGGGAUGGCAGCCAUUGCAGUUAGUGAUCAGCUAACAAGACUGGAUUUUAGGCUAAUGGUACUACAUGUGCUAGUGAUGUGUCCGGAUCUACAUGUAUGCUAUUUGUGUAGCUUACCUAAGAUGUCAAAUGAGUCUGAAGCACCAUAACAGUUAUAUGAUGACAAUAUACGUACACACAGGGGACCAGAUGCAAAUAUAAAGUUGGUGGUAAAGUUUAGCAAUGAUAUCUGGUCCAUUUUGAAUAUCACAUGGGCUUUGAAAUAUGGCUUGUCAAGGAAAAUAUCAACCCAAUGUUUCCCAUUCUUAUGAUUUGAAAUUGAACAAAUUGAAAAAUUGAUAAAAAUUGAAAAUAUUGAUAAGAACUUGAGUUGGUUGGGAUCAUAUAUAUUGUAUCUUAACAUGAUAGCUUAGAUAUUGAUAAAAUGAACAUUGAGCUCUAUUUACUAACAAUGGGCACUGCCCUUUGAGUCUUUGACGGAAAAAAAUGUACCUAACACAAUAUAAAGCUGCUGUGUAGGUAAAUGAAUGUAGAAUUGCAAUAUGAGGUCCAAUGGUUCAAUUCACAAAUGCCCUAUGUGUUAGAAAUGCAACAUAAACAUGGUGAGCUGUCUUAUAUUAUUCUGUUUGUUUGUUUCAUGUUUGUUGACUUGUUUACAAAAUAUCAUGUGUAUGUUGUGUAUCAAAGACUGCAGAUGCAAAACACUGUUGAUUAUGGUCAUAUUAGCCACCAUCAACACUUUGUCCUGUUGUUUUGGACAUAUUUUUCUCCCAUAUAACAUUACUGCAUGCAGAAAUGUAUGAAUUAGUUAGGUUAGUGUUUCUUCUUUUAAAGUUUGUUCUAAUAACUUUAUUUAUGGAAAUAAUAUUUUAGUAGGUAGGAUCUGAAGAUUUUUAUGGCAAUAUCAACUGGGAUCUUGUAGCAAUUAAAAAAUGUUGAAUCUAU